AGCAAUCUACCCCUCAUUCCCUCCCUCCCUCCCUCCCUCCAUACCUCCCUCCCUCUCAUUCUACCAGCAACAUUCCUCCCGGCUCUCAUAUCUCUCUCCACCCCAAAUCCGCGUGUCGAAUCGAGCGCACGCUCCAGCAGGGGAAGCUAGUUAAGAGGGGCAAGUUGUUUGCGCCGCCAUGGAAGUUGUCCUCGCUCCGGCCCAGCCCGACGGCCUGCUCGCGGCGUUCGGGCCCAAGGAGCCCUGCGGCUUUGGAGAUCGACGCUUCACCUCGCCCAGCCAGCUCACCAACGGCGACGAUCUCUUCUACGGCUACUCCUCCCCCUCCUCCCCCUUCGGCCUCGCCAGCGUGCUCUCCACGCCGUCGCCGUGCGCCGCCUCGCUCUCCCGCGGCUCCUCUGACUCCGGCUCCGUCGUCGACGACGGGGACGAUGCGGCCGCCGCCGCGGAUCGCCGCCACCGCCUCGCCCGCCUCGCGCUCCAGUACCAGGAGGUGCUCGCCCGCUUCGAGCUCUGCCUCUCGUACCUCGCCGACGCCAGCAACGAGGCAGCGGCGCUCCGGCGGGAGAACGAUGAGCUCCGCGUCGCCAACGAGGACCUCGCCCGCCGCAUCAAGAUGGUCGGCGACAAGCUCGCCGACGAGUUCAGCGGUCUCCGCCUCGCCGAGGGGCACGGGCACCCCACCCCACUUCGUCCUCUAGCACCGCUUCCAGUCGUACCGGCGCUGCCGAAGAGCAUCUCCGUCCGUUCGCCCGGCUACCUCAAAAUGAACCAGAACGGCAAGCAUCGCCCUUCCAAACCAACGAAGCUGGGCUCGCAGCGCGUGUUCGUAGGCAUGGACGGCAGCGUGAAGGAGGAUGGGGAGCGCAAGGGCGGGGAGGAGAAGAAGCUUAACAGCGGGCUGGAGUUCGAGGUGUACAGCCAGGGCACGUUGAAGACGGAGCUGUGCAACAAGUGGGAGGAGACUGGCGCGUGCCCUUACGGCGACCAGUGCCAGUUCGCGCACGGCAUUGCCGAGCUCCGCCCCGUGAUCCGCCACCCGCGCUACAAGACGGAGAUCUGCCGCAUGGUGCUCGCCGGCGUCCUCUGCCCCUACGGCCACCGCUGCCACUUCCGCCACUCCGUCAGCCCCGCCGACCUCUUCCCCCAGCAUGACGUCUGAUUAUGUCAGUCCAUGGCAUGGCGCCACUCCCUCACUCGCUUCCACCCUCUCCACUUCUCCAGCUCUGCCAUUUGUUACGCUAUUGUCGCAGUCGUAAAAAAACCAUGUCAUUAUCACAGGUGAGGCUGAGGAGGAUAGCCAUAAAUAAGGUAUAGUUAGAUACAUGAAAUAGAAAACAGAAAUUGAGCUAUAUAAUUAGCACGCAGGCAAGAUGUGAAUACAGAGUUCUAGACACCAAGCUGUUCAUAUGGGGCUGAUCACCAAAUAUGUGAAUUAGGUUGAGUUUAUUGUAUUUUUCAGUAUGGUUUACUAAUCGCGGUGUUUUGGGGGCAAAUAGGCGAUAAUUUGUGGACUCCUGUAAGUAAACUUGGUAAGGCUGUUAUCUGAAUAUUCAUUGAUGUGUUGAGCACUUGCACACUUGGCUAGUGCAGGUAUCUUCAAUUGUAUUGUUUCUGGACAAUUGAAGCAAUGAAUUAUAUUUUGGUGGAACA